CUCAGUUAGCCUUUUUUCGGUCAGUGUCUGAAAUCUGUCAGAUCAGCGGAGCCUACAUUCCCUUAAUACCCACUAAUAUUUCACUGUAGUUUCUUGCCCUAGUGAAAGCUAGAGGCUUACAUCUAACUUCAGGUGUCAUCCGGUUUGGAUUCUUACUUUCAUUUGUUUGUGGCCGAAGGAAACAGCCAAGAAUGACGAGCAAUUUAAAGCGGAAAGAAGAAAGUCAUCUGCUGAAUGGGGGUGUAAAACAGUCCACAUGGAGCAAAGCCUUCAACAGUAAUGCUGUUUGGGAAGAGAAGGACGAGUUUUUAGAUGUGAUUUACUGGCUUCGGCAAAUAAUCGCAGUAAUCCUUGGCGUGAUAUGGGGUGUCGCGCCAUUGAAAGGUUUCCUGGGAAUAGCCAUAUUCUGCAUCAUCAAUGCCGGGGUCCUGUACGUAUACUUCAGCAGCUUUCAGCAGAUUGAUGAGGAGGAGUAUGGUGGAACGUGGGAACUCACCAAAGAAGGUUUCAUGACGUCUUUUGCUCUGUUUCUGGUGGUGUGGAUAAUCUUUUACACAGCUCUACAUUUUGACUGAGAGGAAUCCAUGGGACACUAAAUACAAACAUUUCUGUUGAAGUAAAUUGUCAAGACAAGAGGAACUCCAUGACUUGAGGGGUGUAAACACUCCUACAUUCAGUAUGACUUUUCAGUGUGCAGUGUAUCAUGGGAAUCCUAGUUUGAUUCACGAGAUCCUGCAACACGACCGUGACGAACGUGUUGAAAUGCUGUACAUCUCUCAAAUGUGGGGGUUCCUUUCAAGGCACCCUCCAUUACACUUCCCAUAAAUGUUUUAUUUCCUUCAUUACUGGCUUGUCAUCACCUCUGUAAAAAAAAACAAAAAAAAACACUAACAUUUUAAGAAAACUAAUAAAAUCAGAUGAGAUUAGUUGCAUUUGUACAGAUUUUAAUCUGAGGAGGGAUUUGGUAUUUGUUGGAUCCUUCUUUUUAGAGGAAAUUUUAGACUGCAAAAAUAAAAACCAGUAUGUGUUUAUCUCCACAUUUACUGGUCAUGAGCUAACUACUUAAAUUAAUAAAACUAAACUUCCAAUCAGGUCAAUCGGUGUUACAAAGAUCCCUUUUUAGUGCCGGGACAAAAAAAUAACUACUAGAGGAUUUAGUUUGUGCCACCUUUUAAAUAAUUGGUCUUAGAUUUCACUCUAAAAUAACUUAUUUGACUUAAGAAAAUAAUCAGAGUUUAAAAAUAAUAACUGUAAAGCACAUGGUCACAUCUAUUAGGGUAACCAGCUACAUUAUGUGAUGUUAAGAGUUGAGUUAUCCUUGUUCUUACUUUCUUUGCUCAUAGGAUAUGAACACAGCAUUUUGAUAUAAAAUCUGUGAGCAGUUACUUCUUCUAAAACGUAUGAGCCCAACAAAUAUGAAACAUGCUGCAGCUUACCACGGCUUAAAUCUCACUUGAGCCAAUUUUAACACCAUAUAACAAAAGUGAUAGCGGUAAGUUACACAUAUCAGCUGAUAUCCAGUCCCAAUGCAAGUGUCUGUCAGUGGUUUCACAGAACGUUACUUCAGUCAGAAACUCAAGUUAUGUCAAUCCAAAAAGUUUCCUCAGAGCAAAGACGGAGGAAACAUGCAUGCCAUUUUCAGAUGCAAAUGUUCACAGAUUGAAGCUAAACAACAAUCUGUGCACGGCCAUGACUUGCUGUUGGUACAUUUAGAUGUCUUUUACUGAUGCCGUUAGUUAGGAGGGUAGAAUUAAUUUAAAUGUAUUAUUUGUUUCUCACAUGUAGCUUCCAGAUCAAAGUCUUACCUGUUGUUUUUUUAAAAUUAAUUUAAACUCUUCUGUAAAUUUUGUACAAUGUCCUUUCGUCAAAUCCACCUUGUGUUACGCAGAUUUAUUUGUGUGUAUGUUAUAUCUUGCUUGAUGUAACAUAUCUCUCAGUAUUUUAUAGUGAACUUUAAAAAGCCAGUUCUCAAAAAGUUCUUGCAAUGAUACUGUUAUAUUAGAUACACAGCUGGUGUUUGAAAGGAUUGUAUUUUAUGAUCAAAUUUUUUGGGAAUCAUUAAACAUGGGCUUUAUUUGGCCUCCAUUUUCAAAGAGA